UUCCCACAACGACUACAGAUGCUCUGACCACUAUUACCACUGCUCCAACCACAACUACGGCUGCUCCAACCACGACCACAGCUGCUCCAACCAGGACUACAGCUGCUCUAACCACAACUACAGCUUUUCGAACCAAAACUACUGCUGCUCCAACCACAAAUGCAGCUACUCUGUCCACAAGUACAGCGUCUCCAACUACUACUACAGCUGCUCCAACCACAACUGCAGCUGCUCUGUCAACAACUACAAAUUCUCCAACCACUACUACAGUCGCUCAAGCAACUACAGCUUAUCUAACAACAACUUCACCUUCUCCAACCAUGACUAUCACUCAUCCAACCACAACUACAGAUGUUCCAGCCACAACUACGGAAGCUCAGAACACAACUACAGCUGCUCCAACCACAACAACUGCUGAUCGAACCACUGCAGCUGCCCCUACCACUGCAGCUGCUCCCACCACUUCAACGGCUCAAAUGUCUACUACAGCUGGUCAAGCAACUACAGCUGUUCAAACAACAACUAUAGCUGCUCCAACCAGUACUACAGCUGCACCAACAACAACUGAAGCUUCUCCAACAACAACUACAGCUGCUCCAACCAGUACUACAGCUGCACCAAUAACAAUUACAGCCUCUCCAACCAUACCUACAACUGUUCCUACCACUACAGCUUCUUCAGAGACUAGUAGAGCUGCUGCAACUACAACUACACCUGCUCAAACCACAAUUAUUACAGGUGUUCCAACCUCGACCACAGCGGUUCUGUCCACAACUACAACUACUCCAAUCACUAGUACAGCUGCCACAACUACAAAUAAAGCUGCCAUGACCAUGACUACAGCUGCUCCAACCACAACUAUGGCUGGUCUAACCACAACUCCAACUUCUACAACCACAUAUGUCCCCACCACAAUUACAGUUGUUACCACCACAACUACAUCUGUUCCCACAACGACUACAGAUGCUCUGACCAUGACUACAGCUGCUCCAACCACAACUACAGCUGUUCCAACCACAACUACAGCUCCGCCAACCACAACUGCAGCUGCUCCCACCACUUCAACGGCUCAGAUGUCUACUACAGCUGCUCAAGCAACUACAGCUGUUCAAACAACAAUUACAGGUGCUCAAACCACAUCUAAAGCUGUUCCAACAACAACUACACCUCUUCCAACCACAACUACAGCUGCUCCAACCAGUACUACAGCUGCACCAAUAACAACUACAGCCUCUCCAACCAUAACUACAACUGCGCCUACCACUACAGCUUCUCCAGAGACUAGUACAGCUGCUGCAACUACAACUACACCUGCUCAAACCACAAUUAUUACAGGUGUUCCAACCUCGACUAAAGCUGUUCUGUCCACAACUACUACUGCUCCAACCACUACCAAUCCUCCGACAAGAACUUCAGCUUCUCCAACCACUAGUACAGCUGUUACAACCACAUAUAAAGCUGCCACGACUAUGGCUGCUCCAACCACAACUAUGGCCGGUCUAACCACAACUCCAGCUUCUCCAACCACAACCACAUCUGUCCCCACCACGACUAGAGCUGUUCCCACAACGACUACAGAUGCUCUGACCACUACUACCACUGCUCCAACCACAACUACGGCUACUCCAACCACGACUACAGCUGCUCUAACCACAACUACAGCUGUUCCAACCAAAACUACUGCUGCUCCAACCACAAAUGCAGCUACUCUGUCCACAAGUACAGUGUCUCCAACUACUACUACAGCUGCUCCAACCACAACUGCAGCUGCUCUGUCAACAACUACAAAUUCUCCAACCACUACUACAGUCGCUCAAGCAACUACAGCUUAUCUAACAACAACUACACCUUCUCCAACCAUGACUAUCACUCAUCCAACCAAAACUACAGCUGUUCCAACCAAAACUACUGCUGCUCUAACCACAAAUGCAGCUACUAUGUCCACAAGUACAGCGCCUCCAACUACUACUACUUCUGCUCAAACCACAACAACAGCUGUUCCAACAACAGCUACAGCUGUUCUAAGCAUGACUACAGCAUUUCCCGCCACUACAGCUACUCAAACGACUUUUACCACUGUUCCAUCCACAACUACCAGUGUGCAGACCACAACAAUAGCUCCUCUGACAAGAACUACAGCUGCUCCAACCACAACUACAGCUUUUCCACCAACAAAUACAGCUGCUCAAGCCACUACCAAUGCUGCUCCGACCACAACUACAGCUGCUACAUUCAUACCUACAGCUGCUCCAACAUCGACCAUGAAUCCACCAACAUUGCUUACUUCAGUUACAUCUCCUUUAGGCACAACUGAAGAGUCAACAGUUAUACGUCGAUUGUCAUUUAGGUCUCAUCUAGAUACCUUUGUCGUUGGUUUAGAAACAAAAUCAUCAGAUGCUUUCAAAUCCCGCUCUGAACGUCUAACAAUUCGUAUUGAACCACUCUACAAAAAAGCCUUUAUGUCAUUUUUGAGGUUGACAGUUGUAUCAUUCAGGAGAGGAUCAAUCAUCAACUCAAUGGACCUCGAAUUUGUAGCAGCAUCUGUUCCUACUGAUGAAGAAAUUGAAGCUGUUUUGAUCAAUGAGGCUUCAAACAUCACAGAAUUCAGCGUUGAAACGACUUCAGUUACAGUGGGAGACAUUGGUAACUGCUCUCACCACAAACACAGCUGCUCCAACCACAACUACUGCUGCUCCCACCACAAACAAAGCUGCACCCACCACGACUACAGCUGCUCCAACCACAACAACUUCUGCUCCCACCACACUUACUGCUGCACCCACAACUACUACAGCUGCUCCAACCACAAAUAA